AGUAACCAAAUUCAUGAGUGAGUCUGAGCAUCUGAAUGAUGAAAAGCCUAAAGUUUAGGUCUGGCCUCCUGGAUUAAGGACUUGUGAACCACUCAUUACAGUCAUGACAGCCGUCCCGAGAGUUUGAUUGUAUGACAGCAGUCCACAGAAAGGAUAGUUUUUCAAAAACAUUUACUGGAGAAAAUCUUCUUUUACUGAUCAAUUUGUGAUGUCUGAGUUACAAGCAGGUUUAGUGGCUGGUUUGGAACCAGUGGAAGAGGUCACAGAUGUCGUAUGUGAUGAGGCAAAACUCAAAGAUGGAGAAAUGAUGGAGGUGGAGGUCGGUGACCACAAUGUUCUGCUGGUACGCUGUGAUGGGGUGUACAGUGCCAUCAGUAACCAGUGCACACACUAUGGUGCGCCACUGAGCAAAGGGGUGCUGUCGGGUCACAGGGUCCGCUGUCCCUGGCAUGGUUCCUGUUUCAAUGUGAAGACCGGUGACUUGGAGGAGUAUCCUGGAAUUGACUGUUUGCCCUGCCACAAGGUGAAAGUCAAAAACAACAAAGUUUAUGUGUCUGUUAAGAAAAGGAUCCAGGGUCAACCUAAACGUAUUAAAUGGAUGGGAGCCAGAGAUCAAGUGGUGUUACAUACUGUCAUGCUCCUUGGAGGAGGCGCAGCCUCUUUAAUGUGUGCUGAGACACUACGGCAAGAAAACUACGGCGGCAGGAUUAUCAUGGUAUCUAGAGACGACCUCCUUCCAUACGACAAAACCAGACUCAGCAAGAUAAUGAAUGCUGAGAGCGAAAGUCUCCUAAUGAGAAAAAUUGAGUUUUUCCACAAGUAUGAUAUUGAGGUCUGGCUGAAAAAAGAGGCUUUAUCAAUAGAUACUAACAAGAAAACAGUGACAUUUGAUGAUGGCUUAAUCCAGUGCUAUGACCAAAUCCUUAUUGCAACAGGAUGCAGAGCAAAAAGCCUAGACUGCCCUGGUGUGGACCUGGAAAAUGUGCUAAUGCUGGAAACACCAGAGGAUGCUCGGUGCAUCCACUACGCCUGCGUGGGCUGCAGGACAGUCGUUGUGGGCACUUCCUUUGUUGGGAUGGAAGUGGCCGCCUAUAUGAUAGAUAUGGCCAGUAGUAUCACGAUCAUUGGAAGCAGUGAACUCCCUUAUCAGAAGACUCUUGGCCCAGAGUUAGGAAAGGUCACCAUGAUGAUGCUGGAAGAGAGAGGAGUGAGGUUCUACAUGAAUGAUGCCGUCGCAGAGGUUCAAGGACAAAAUAGGAGGGUUAAGGCUGUGAAAUUGAAGAGCGGUAUCACUAUAGAAGCCGAUUUGUUAAUCGCUGGAAUUGGUGUCAAUCCCAAUUCAGAGUUUUUGAAAGGGAGUCCAAUAAGGAUGGACUCUAAGAACUAUGUAAUUGUGGAUAAGUACAUGAGGACCAACAUAACAGACGUCUACUGUGCAGGAGAUCUGACCUCCUUUCCUCUCAAAAUGGCAAAAGGCCAGAAUGUGAGCAUCGGCCACUGGCAGACAGCGCAGGCACAUGGAAGGAUUGCGGCCUUAAACAUGUUGCGCAGGGAGGUGGAGCUAAACAUAGUGCCAUUCUAUUGGACCGUCCUGCUGGGGAGAACUAUUCGAUAUGCUGGUUACGGGGAGGGAUACACUGAGAUGGUGCUGAAAGGGAGAUUUGAGAACAUGAAGUUUUUGGCACUUUACCUCAAGGAUGAUGAGGUGGUGGCUGCAGCAGGACUGAAUGUUGAACCGGCUGUCUCUGUGGUGGCAGAAAGGUUGGCGGAAGGAAGAGUGAUAACAAAAGCCGAAGCAGAGUCAGAUGACCUUAGCUGGCUGAAGCUGCAGCCCAUGUGACCACUAACAACAGUUUGAAUUCCGAAUCAUCAGAAUUCAGCCAUUCUGUCCACAGUCCAUCCCAUCCAAUCAUGCCUUUACUCAGAAGACUUUUUUUUUUGUAACAUUUAUAAAGGCCAGUGCAUUACAGUAUGUCUCUUUAAGAGAUUUGUACACAGUUCACAAAGAGUUUGCCAUUUUAACACUGAUAUUCAGAGAGGAGAACCUCUACCAACAUACGACUAUGAAAAAAUGAGAAGCAUUUAUACUAUUCUUGCUGCAGUUCUCUGAGCUUCCAAAGAAAAUUUGAGAUUUUGCCAGUAAGCUCAGGUUCAGAUCCACUUUUCUGAAUAUGAACACAAUCCUAUAUUUAUUUUAAUCUGUAUUUAUUAUUAAGAUAUAUUUAGGUUUUUAAAUUUUUUUUUGGUAAAUAUCUAGUUCGUAUAGCUCAUUUACUCAAUGUUUAAAAGGAAAAGUAGAUGUAAUAGAGUUAAUCAGUUAUUACGUACAGUCACUCUGAUAGAUCUAGGUGGCGUUGUUGGUCAUCAAGCUGUGAAAUGGAGCAUGGGUAGUGGAAAAAUAGACAAUCAUGAGCGCACGUCCAAUCAGAGCGCUUAGGAGGAUUAGAUGAACACUGAGCAAUGGAUGCUGAAUGUGACGGUGGUCACAAAAGGGGGAGCAUAUAUAAAAGAGCAGGACAAACAUGUUACAAAAGACCAUAUUACAAAAGAAAUGCUGAGCUGCUCUCUUAUAUUACCUCUUAUUCUCUCUCUCUUCUAACACGCAACCCAGUUUUCAAUCCCAAAUCCUCAUAACUCACUUCUGUUCUUAUCAGCAAGAAUUUGUGCAGAGAUAUAUGGGUCAUAAAUGACAGUCCAAAUCUGGAGGUGAUAUGUGGGCCAUGAAAUAGAGCUUAGACCUUAAGAAGUUCUGUAGCAGAGAAUCGAAAAGAAUCUUUUUAUCAAGUACACUAGAUUGUUAAAGUCUAUCUAACAUUUCCCACAAUCACAUAAAGGGAUACUCCAUCCCAAAAUGAAAAUUUUGUCAUUAAUCACUUACCCCCAUGUCGUUCCAAACCCAUAAAAGCUUUGUUCGU